AUGUCUCGAUCCAGAUCUGGCUGUGCAACCUGCAAGCGACGCCACCGAAAAUGCGAUGAGACAAAGCCAAGUUGCCUGCAGUGUCGGGCUCAAAACAUAGUCUGCGAGGGUUAUGACCUUGUGCUUCGCUGGGAUGCGGGAAUACCAUCACAACGCCGUUCGGUUGGGGCUGUCAUUCCUGCAGGACCAUUGCCAGACCGCAGCAAGAAAAGGCGCAGGAUUGACGAGGGCGAAUUGCAGCUUCAAGACUCUGAGAUGUCUCCAGUGAGACAGAGACGGUUACUAGACGCUGCUACACGAUCGCAUUCGCAAUCUCUCUCGCCGGCCAAUGACCUGUCAACAGGGUUGACCCGAGGAGUCGGAAACCUCGACGCUUCGCCAGCAAAGUCUUCACCCCAAUCGUUAUCUACGGUUGAUUCUCCUCAGACUCCAACAUGGCAUCAACCUUGGCCAGGAAGAACCGAGAGGGAGAGGUUCCUGUUUAAGCAGUUCUGCGAAACAACAAUGUUCUUUCUAUAUUCGACUGACCGCAAUGACUGGUUCAAGUCGCAUCUUUGCCGUCUGGCGUAUGAAUCAGAGGCCCUCCUGUCGGCCCUCAUUGCCACGCAUCUCUACACGCUAAACCCCCAAGAUCCAGCGCCUGACUUUGAGGAAUAUUACAACCGCAGUCUUCGCUUGUUUCGCGGGCAACUUGAUUCGUAUGAUGGCACCCUUAACAUGGGGAUCAUGUGCGCAGGGUUAUUUAUUUGCACCUUGAAUCUCUUUCAAGGGACCCCGUGGUCGGCUCACUUGGAUCUCAUGACUAGAGUGUACGGCCUCACGUCUGAUCUCUUACACCUGAGAGAUAUGCCACAAGACCUGCAGUUCCCAAUCGAAAUAAUGGGAGUCAUGGACCUACCAACCCUUGUCAGGGGCCGCAGAACUGUCACUCUUGGGAUAUGGUCUCGCUACCGAGCUUCACAAGAUGGCUCAUCAAGUGGAAGGACAACUGGAGUCGAGAUAGUGACUGGUCUACCUCGCAGCCUCCUCGAUAUUUUUGCGGAAAUCCAGACUGAAAAGGCUGACGACUUGUUCUUGAUGUGGCCCGGCGAGGUGGGAGAUGUACCACAUUGCCAUCUCUGGGAAGCAUAUCGUCUUGCGGGGGUCUUGACGGGACGCAGAUUGAGGAAAUGCAUGGCAAACUCCGACGGCAGUAACAUGAUUAACACCAGCCUGGCAUCCCCUAGUACCGAGGUGCUCAUGUCUCGGCUCAUGGCCGCCAUAGAUGCUCUAUGCGAAACCUGCAGGCGAUCACAGUACUCCGAGUCACUCGCCACCAACUCGAUACUCUACCCCUACACAGCCGCACGGCUCGAGGUCGCGGUACUUGGUCGUCGGCCUGAUUGGGCCCAGGAACUGCGUCGGCUCGUCAGGCUCUGCGAUCCGUACGCUAUGACGGCCAACUUCUGCACCCUUGAUGAGAUGCUGGAUGAGGCGCUAGAUAAGGGUGAUGACGACUAUGAUAUCGACGAGCAGGCCAGACGCAGGAACACUGAAGUUGCGACCUUUUGA